CAGCACUUCAUUUGACUGUUUGUUUUUGCUGUUUGUAAACUUGACAUCAGUCUUUUUUAUUCCUAAUGAAGCAUGAUAAAGACAGACUGUUGUCAAGUUUGCUAACGGUAAAUAUGAACAGCCAAGUAAAAUGCCGGCAUUAUGUCGAUUACUUUUUGUUUGCUUUAUUUUUGAGGUUAAAGAUAAAUCUCCACAGUCCACAAUAAAAACAUUAGGAUGGGUGCAACGGACUUUUAUAACGAUGGACAGUGAUAAAUGAUUUUCAUACUAGCAAAAGCAAUUGAACUUCGUAGUUGCCUUGCUGUUUCUUUACUGAAACGAUAUAAAAAUUCGUUUGUUCCUUCAUAUCAAGCGACAAUGCAGGUGUUUACGCAGAAGAGAAACCCUAUUACAGGGGAUACUGAAUGGGAUGUGCAGCACGAAGACUAUGACUUUCACCAAGAAAUUGCACGAUCAGCCUUCGCAGAUAUGUUGCAUGAUACUGAGAGAAACAAGAAGUAUUACAGGGCACUACAAUUGGCUAUAGAAAAGAUGCACAGUGAGGGGAAAAAAGCUAAUGUGUUAGAUAUUGGCACUGGAACAGGUCUGCUCUCAAUAAUGGCAGCAAAGUGUGGAGCGGACUCGAUAGUAGCGUGUGAAGCUUUCAAACCAAUGGCAGAAUGCUGUCUUAAAAUACUGCAGCGUAACGGAGUAGCAGACAAAAUAACAGUCAUUCCAAAACGUUCAACCGAGCUCACAGUUGGGGAAAAUGGAGAUUUGAAGGAAAGAGCAAAUAUUUUGGUUACUGAGGUGUUUGAUACAGAACUUAUUGGGGAAGGUGCUUUAUCAACAUUCUCACAUGCACAUCAGUGCCUUUUAGAGAAAGACUGCAUAGUUGUUCCGGAUUCUGCUGUGAUAUAUGCACAAGUAGUUGAAUGUCCAACAAUGCAAAAGUGGAACAAGUUAAAUGAUUUGGCAGAUGAUGACAUGCAAAUUGUAUUGAGAGCACCUCAAAAGAUGAAAGAUUGCCCAGGCUCAGCAGCUGUCCAUGAUAUUCAAAUGUCACAGCUAUCUCGGCAAGCUUUCAGAGAAUUAUCAGAUCAGAUUCCAGUUUUUUAUUAUGAUUGGUCAGGCCGGACAACUAUUGAUAUGAAGCGAACUGUGAAGCAAGAAUUCCUUGUCACCAAUACUGGUCGCGCACAACAGGUGUUUAUGUGGUGGGAAUUGAAUAUGGACACUGAAGGUAAAAUUGUUUUAAGCUCUGCGCCAUGGUGGUGUCAUCCUGACGCUGACUUGACGGCUGAACGUCCCCAAGACUCGAUCCCCUGGCGGGACCAUUGGAUGCAGGCCGUCUACUACUUGCCUAGAGAAAUAACAGUCCAGAAAGACACAGAAGUCUCCUUGAUAUCAUGCCAAGACGAAUAUUCCCUCUGGUUUUACAUAGAAGAUGAAAAUAAUAUGCACAAACAUUACAAGAGACCAGUCUGUGAUUGUGGGGUGCAUAUGGCAUUAUCGAGAACACAUGUAUCCUAUUUGAACGAUGGUAGGCGCAGUAAAAAGUUCUUGAAUCAGAUCUGCGAAGAAAUGCCUAAAGAUGCGGUGGUUUUGGAUCUGAAUGGCAGCAGUCUCCUUGGCUUAGCUGCUGCUAAAAAAGGCGCCAAAGAAGUUUACAUUUUAGAAACCAUGAAUCUAAAUUUAAGAAUACUAGAAGAUUACAUCAAAGAAAAUGAAAUAACAAAAGUUAAGUUUAUAUCUGAAGUUGAUGAUGAAAUGUUACAAACUGUAACAAAUAUUAUUUGCGAUCCUAACUUCAGUAGUGCAAUACUGCCUUGGGAGAAUUUGAAAAUGGCGUAUAUUAUUUACAUAUUCAAAGAUAAAUUACGGGAAAAUAUCUCGAUAAUUCCUGACAGAUGUGAGUUUUGGGCAAUGCCUGUAGAGUUUCAAGAUUUACACAAAAUUAGGAUACCCUUGGAUAACUGCGAAGGAAUUGAUAUGUCAAUAUUUGACAGUCUCGUUGAGAACUCGCGUAUAAUAAGCGACGCGUGCGUUGAAGCACAACCGCUGUGGGAAUAUCCGUGCGUGAGUCGCGGCCAACCCCGACUCCUGCUAGACGUGUCCUUUGCGAGUCUACAGCCUUCGUACGCCGCCAAUAAGACGCAGCCGUUGAUUGACACUGACGGUGAACCGGGUUCUGUAAACGGGUUCGCAAUGUGGUCGGUCUGGAAAGUGGGCGGGAAGGCGAUCAGCUGCGGGCCCGUGGAGCUGCCCACUGUUGGGGCGCGCGUGCAGUGGGACCCGCACACGAGGCAGGCGGUCAAGAUACUGAAACGUGCGUGUGUAGUUACUUCUGGUGGACAAUGGACAUACCAAGUGGCCUGCGACCUGCAGCGCGGGCAGUUUAACGUCGACUUCAAUUUAGUUAAUAAUGAAUAAUUAUUAUUAGACAUAAAUAUACAUUUCAUAAUG